GGGCAGUCUAAAGACACAAGGAAUAUUCACCCUUCCAACCUCUGUGACACAAAGCGAUUUAUACUGAACAACAAAUACAAUGGAUUUGGAUGCAAAAUUGCUCGUGGCUUUGAUAUUUCUGUUUUCCUCUACAUGGCAUUUGGGAUCAACAGCUGGGAACUAUAAUUGCGAUGAUCCGUUGGCGUCCCCGCUGCCGCAGACAGCGUUUGACAGCUCUUCAAACCUCUUCUCUACCCACAGCCAGAGCUAUGCAAAACUCAACAGCCAAGAUGGAGCUGGCGGUUGGUCCCCGCUGGAAUCGAGCGCACAGCAAUGGCUUCAGGUGGAUCUAGGAGAGAGAUUCGACAUCACAGGGGUCGCCACACAAGGCAGAUCCAGGAGCUCGGACUGGGUCACGCGGUACAGCAUCAUGUUCAGCGACACGGGACGCAACUGGAGACCGUAUCAACACGACAGCAGCGUCACGGUCUUUUCGGGAAACAUUAACGCGGAUGGAGUCGUGCAUCAUAAAUUCCAGCACUCCUUAAAAGCCAGAUUUCUGAGAUUUUUGCCCGUUGAGUGGAACUCCGAUGGGGAAAUCGGAAUGAGAGUCGAGGUCUACGGAUGCGCAUACAAAUCGGAUGUAGCGGACUUUGACGGCCGGAGCUCGCUCCUGUACAGGUUCAAUCAAAAGUUGAUGAGUACGUUUAAAGACGUCAUUUCUCUAAAGUUCAAGAGCAUGCAGAGCGAGGGAGUCUUAUUACACGGAGAAGGACAGCGCGGGGACUAUCUCACUCUAGAACUACAGAAGGGAAGACUCUCUCUCUACAUUAACCUGGGUGAUGCGAAGCGCCGUUUUGGGAAUACGCACACAGUGGUGACGUUGGGUAGUCUCCUGGAUGACCAACACUGGCACUCCGUCACCAUAGAACGAUUCAACAAGCAGGUGAACUUCACGGUCGACAAACACACCCAGCAUUUUCGAACCAAAGGUGAUUCCGAUGAUUUGGACAUAGAUUAUGAGUUCAGUUUUGGAGGGAUUCCAGUUCCAGGAAAACCGGGGACGUUCCUGAGAAGGAAUUUUCACGGCUGCAUAGAAAAUCUUUAUUACAACGGAGUGAAUAUUAUUGAUCUGGCCAAGAGACGCAAACCUCAGAUCUACAUUGUGGGCAAUGUGACAUUUUCUUGCUCGGAGCCCCAUAUCGUACCCAUUACCUUUCUCAGCUCCGGCACCAGCUAUCUGCUCCUGCCCGGUAUAUCGCAGUUAGAUGGACUUUCCGUGAGCUUCCAGUUUCGGACCUGGAACGGUGACGGACUUCUGCUGUCCACUCAGCUUUCUGGAGGCUCUGGUGUCCUGGUCCUCCAACUGUUUUCUGGAAAGCUACUCCUUGAGAUCCAGAGGGAAAUGGAUAACAUUCUUCCAGUCAGCGCAGGCAGCGGUUUAAAUGACGGUCAAUGGCACACGGUGACCAUCAACGCAAGGCGACAUCGCAUCACCCUGACGCUGGAUAACGGGGCCACAUCUCCUGUCCACGUUGACGUUCCUGUACAGAUUUACUCAGGGAGCAAAUACUACUUCGGAGGCUGCCCGGACGGCCCCGCGGACUCUCCCUGUAUUAACCCGACCGAUUCCUUCCAAGGAUGCAUGAGGCUUAUUUUUAUUGAUAACCGGCUCAAAGACCUCAUAUUAGUCCAGCGAGGCUCCGUGGGGAAUUUCAGCGAUUUGCAGAUCGAUACUUGUGGCAUCAGAGACAGGUGUCUGCCAAAUCACUGCGAACAUGGAGGAAAAUGCUCGCAGUCCUGGAAUACAUUUUACUGCGACUGCAAUGGCACCGGCUACUCGGAAGCUACCUGCCAUAGCUCCAUCUAUGAGCAAUCGUGCGAAGCGUACAGACACAAGGGCUACCCAUCUGGCUACUACUACGUCGACUCGGAUGGAAGCGGGCCACUUGGACCCAUGCGUGUUUACUGCAAUAUAACCGAAGACAAAACGUGGACCUCUGUCCAGCAUAACAUCACGGAUCUGACCGCGGUGCAUAGAACGCCUGGUAGUAGACCAUACGCCAUGCUAUUAAACUACACUACAAGCAUGGAACAGCUGGAAGCCAUGAUUAAUAGAUCGGAAUACUGCGAGCAAGAAGUGGAGUAUCACUGCAAACACUCCCGACUACUCAAUUCACCAAAUGGAGCCCCCUUCACCUGGUGGAUGGGAAGGGGUAACGAGAGGCACACUUACUGGGGGGGGUCGGUUCCUGGAGACCAGAAAUGCACAUGCGGCCUGGAGGAGAGCUGUGUUGAUAUGAGACAUUUCUGCAACUGCGAUGCCGACAGAUAUGAAUGGACAAAUGACACGGGUUUUCUAAAUUUUAAGGAACAUCUGCCGGUCUCUCAAAUCGUGAUCACAGACACCAACAGGUCAGGCUCCGAGGCAGCAUGGCGAAUCGGCCCGUUACUUUGCAAUGGAGACAGAAGCUACUGGAACGCUGCCUCUUUCAACACAAUGUCUUCCUACCUGUACUUCCCGACCUUCCUCACAGAAUUCAGCACUGAUAUUUCCUUCUUCUUCAAGACCACCAGCUCGUCUGGAGUGUUUCUGGAGAUUCUCGGCAUCAAGUCCGAUUUCAUAAGGAUUGCGUUACCCUUCCCUCACCAGGUCACAUUCUCGUUUGAUGUUGGAAACGGCCCUAUUGAGGUCUCCGUGCAAUCAGCCACGCCGUUAAAUGAUGACCAUUGGCAUUAUGUCCGAGCCGAGAGGAACAUCAAAGAAACAACUCUUCUGGUGGACAACCUGCCAAGAAAACGUGCGCGCGGCCCCUCGGAUGGACAUUUCCGUCUUCAGCUUAACAGCCAGCUGUAUGUAGGAGGAACAUCGUCCCGGCAGAAGGGAUUUUUGGGAUGCAUUCGGUCCCUGCAGCUCAACGGGCAGAUGUUUGACCUGGAGGAAAAGGCCAAAAUGACUUCGGGGGUGAGACCGGGAUGCCCGGGUCACUGCAACAGUUACGGGAGCUUGUGCCACAACAGCGGGAAGUGCGUGGAGAAACGCAACGGGUAUUCGUGUGACUGCACAAACUCUGCCUUCGAGGGACCUACCUGCAGGAAAGAAGUGUCUGCCAUGUUUGAGGCUGGAACCUCGGUCACAUAUGUUUUCCAGGAGCCGUACCCAGUGUCUAAGAACUCGAGCGCCCCGUCCUCCGCUAUAUACGCCGAUAACGUGAUAUCCAAAGAGAACAUUGCAUUCAGCUUCGUGACGGGACGCUCUCCGAGCCUGCUGCUCCACAUUAACUCGUUUUACCAAGACUACAUGGCGGUGCUCCUCUGCAGAAACGGAAGUUUACAAGUCAGAUACAAACUGAGCAACGAAAGAACAUAUAUCUUUAAUUUAGACUCAGAGAGACUGGACAACAAAAAACUGCAUCAUGUGAUGAUCAGCCGAGAAGGAAGAGAGUUAAUAAUCCAGAUUGACAAGAUCACCAAACAAAGACACAACUUUUCAGCGGACAUCUAUUUCAAAGCAAUCAAAUCUCUCACACUAGGAAAAGUUAUCGAUAAUCCGGGCCUCGACUCAGAAGUCUCCAAAGCCAACACGCUUGGUUUUGUCGGAUGCUUGUCCUCUGUCCAGUACAACCACUUGGCCCCGCUGAAGGCGGCUUUACGCCAUCCCAGCGUGGCCCCUGUCACCAUAGUGGGGACUCUGUCUGAAUGCAGCUGCGGCUCAGUCACAGAAAGUGACCUCAGUACAGUCACAACGACACAUUCGUCAUCAGAUCCCUUUGGAAAGGCUGAUGAUCACGAGCCUCUGACAAACGCAGUUAAAAGUGAUUCGGCUGUCAUAGGAGGUGUCAUCGCAGUGACGAUAUUUAUCAUAUUCUGCAUUGUGGCGAUAAUGCUAAAAAUUAUUCACCAACACAAAGAGACUCAUCGAAAAAACCAAUCCAAGGAGAAGGAGUAUCCCGGGAGCAUGGAGAACUCCUUCCGGAACGAGAUGGACUUGCAGAACGCAGUUAGCGAGUGUAAAAAGGAGUAUUUUAUCUGAUAGACUUUCUUUAUAUUCUAUAAAUAUAUUAUUAUU